ACAUGUUGUCUUUGAUUUUACUCCAUGGAAUCACGUCAGUUCUUCAUGAACGCGUUCACUUGACAAGCCCUAUGGAAUUCCCUUUGACCAUUUUACCCAUUUUACGCUAUCAUUGAAUUUGCUCGCAUUGGUCACCCUCGGUGUAUUUUUCACGUCACGUGACAACAAUGACUCAUUCUGAACCAGGAGAAUCAUUUUAGAGAGUGACAGCAGUAAUAGAAGUUGCUUCGAUCCUAAUUCGCGUCCCUUGAUCUUCAGGAGAUUGAUCGUUGAUCGGAUGGCCCUGAACACGUCCCACGCCAAUAAUGGCGUUCUCUUGCACGCUGGGGAGAGCAUUUUGUUGUUUUGCGAUGAUGUGAGCGUCAAAUUUGCGGGUCAAGCCGAUGCCGCAUUUGCCGGCGAAAAGAAGGGCCGCCUCUAUUUAACUACCCACCGCAUGAUUUUCAAUUCAAAAAAACAGGACGCGCCCAUGAAGUCCUUCUCGUUUCCUUUCGUGGCCUUAAAGGAUGUCGAACUAGAACAACCCAUCUUUGGCGCCAACUACAUCAAAGGCACUGUUCGUGCUCAGCCCAAUGGCAACUAUGUCGGUGAAGUGAAGUUUCAGGUGCAUUUCAAAUCUGGUGGCGCUAUUGACUUUGGCACGGCUAUGCUCCGUGCCGCUCAAAUGGCCUCGAGAAACUAUCAGAAUGAUGCCCCUCCCCCCUACAUGCCUCCCAGUGGGCCAUGGUAUGCAGCUCCGCCCCCUGCAUAUUCUCCCAAUCCAGGGGGAUACAUGGGGUGGGUUCCACCCACGAAUGUUUUUCCUGAUCACCCGCCAGCCAAUAGUGUGUACAUGACGGACGCUCCUCCGCCAUAUCCCGGUAUCAACGGAUAUAACGGUUACGCUGCGGCUGGUGGAAGCGGGCAGAGCCAGAACAAGCCCUCCGCUCCUUCUUCUGCAGAUGCGAAGGCGGCCGAGGCGGCCGCUUCGGCGCCGCCGCCUCAGACUCAGAGUGGAUGGUUUGAUCCGAAUAACCCGCAUUCAGUUUACCUGCCUGCUUACGCUGAGCAGCCACCUUCAUAUGACCAUGCAACCAAAAAGAAUGAUUGAGAUGUUAACCAACAGAAAAUCGUCGUCCAUUGUCAUGAAGAGCAAAACACAUUAUAUUUCUUUGACAACUUGAAAAAAUAUCUUUCAUACAAAUUAUUCCUUUAUAUGAUCGUUCCUCCAGGAUACGUGUUAAUAUCGCUUGCUUUCAUCCAAUUGAUGAGUGUUUGCAAUUAUCUAUUCAAAUAAAUCGUCGGAGUCAUCCUUA